AUGGGAGACUUGGGUGUGCUAUCAAAGCUGCUGGAGGCUGCCCAGAAUCACUCCAGCACGGUGGGCAAAGUCUGGCUCUCGGUGCUGUUCAUUUUCCGCAUCUUGGUGCUGGGAGCAGCCGCUGAGAGAGUGUGGGGCGACGAACAGUCCAACUUCUUAUGUGACACCAAUCAGCCCGGUUGUCGUCUUGUCUGUUACGACAAGACGUUCCCCAUUUCUCACGUCCGUUUCUGGGUGAUACAGAUCAUCUUUGUUUCCACGCCCACUCUCAUUUACCUGGGUCACGUCCUUCAUCACCUCCGCAUGGAAGAGAAGAAAAGGGCACAAACUGAAAACGGAUCAUCAUCUACCAACAAAGAUGCUUCAAAGAAUAAACAAGGAGGCAAAGUGCUGUUAAAAGGUAAACUGCUGAAGACGUAUAUCCUCAAUAUUAUUUUCAAGACUCUGUUUGAAGUGGUGUUUAUUGUCGCUCAGUAUUACCUGUAUGGGUUUGGGCUCAAACCCAUGUACACCUGCAACCGCUGGCCUUGCCUCACCACAGUGUACUGCUACGUGUCCCGACCCACGGAGAAGACGCUCUUCAUCAUUUUCAUGCUUAUAGUCGCGUGUGUGUCCCUGCUGCUCAACCUGAUAGAAAUGUUACAUCUAAUUAAGACAAAAAUCAAACGGGAUCGUCCCAACAAUGAUGCUGAAGAAAGUCCCAAAAAGACGAUAUCUGCCUGCAGCACCAACAGCAGCUCAACUAUCUGUGGGCAGGAUGCAGAAAAGACAGAUAAUUCAAGCGUGAGUUUCUCCAAAACAUAUGGACUAAAGAUUUAA